AUGACUACGGAUCCCGUUAUCUACGAUCUUCUGGGACUUGGUUUCGGGCCGGCAAACAUUGCCAUCGCGGGCGCAAUCGUCGAAUCUUGGGCGAACCCUAGCUGUCAUAUCAACAAGGUUCUUUUCAUCGAAAAGCACCAUGUCUUCAGGUGGCACCCAGGAAUGCUUCUUCCGGGUGCGAAGAUGCAGAUCAGCUUUAUGAAAGACCUUGCCACGCUUCGCAAUCCUCAGUCGCCGAUCACUUUUUUGUCUUAUCUGCACAGCGAAGGUCGUCUACUCAAGUUCAUCAAUCGAGGAGGGACUGUGCCUACACGCAAAGAAUACGCCGACUACAUUGGAUGGGCGGCAAGAUAUGUUGAAAGUCAAGGUGUUCCUGUUCAUUGGGGAACUGAAAUCAUUGGGUUAGACGACGGAAAGGAGGGAACUAUUCUUGUUCAUGCCAAAAGUUUAGCAACUGGCGAAGUCACCGUUCAUCGCACACGUAAUCUCAUUAUUGCCCCCGGCGGUGCACCGAAUAUUCCUCGAACCUUUGAGACUAUCUACAAAGAUCCCUUGUUCGUACACAGCUCUGAAUAUGCCACCUCCAUCGACACCAUCUUCCAGACUAUCGGUGCCUCUGCUCGACCCGUUCGCAUCGCCGUAGUAGGAUCCGGGCAGUCUGCUGCAGAAGUGACCCUGAACUUGAAUGAACGUUUAUCAAAAAUUCCAGUCGUCGGUGGUAGACAUCGUAUAGAGAUGAUUAUCAGGAAAGGUUCACUGAAACCUAGUGACGACAGCCCCUUCGCUAACGAGAUCUUUGACCCAGAUUCGACCGACGCGUGGUUCUCGAUGCCCUCUGCCAUUCUCAGAUCUGCUCAGCUGAAGGAGUAUAAAGGAACGAACUAUGGUGUCGUCAACCCGAAGACGAUCGAUGUGCUUUAUGAACUCAUGUACGACCAACAAGUUGAUGAGCGCAUCUCGAGUCGCCCCGGCGAACAACAACUUUCAGAUCCAUUUGUGAUCCUCCGGCCAUAUACCCUCACCUUAGCUGCCACUCAGUCGCAAGAUGCCUCUACAGUAAAUCCUUACGUUCUCACCUACCAGCACGCCAUCUCAGGUGCAAUAACAACCGAGGAGUACGAUGCUGUGAUCUGUGCUACUGGGUACAAACGCACAGCUUGGAUAGAUCUCCUCAAGUCGUGUCAGAUCGGAAAGCACUUUGGUUUAGAUCCUACCACGGAUGCUUCACAAAUCCGUCUGGCACCGGAGACUGAAUUGCAUCGAGGUCCAUCCCAGAUGAACUAUAUACAAUCCCCAGCAGACGUGAGCGGUGCCUCAUCACCUAUGAGUAGCAGUGCAUCGAAUACCCCACCCACCUCUCCCUCGCUGUCACACAUCUCCCUUCCGUCACCUACCUUGUAUAUCUCUCGCAAUUAUCGGGUGCUGCCUAAUCGCGCCGCGACAGGUGAAGUGGCUUUCAAGCCGAAGAUUUAUGUCCAGGGAGUUGAAGAAGCUACACAUGGACUGAGCGAUACCUUGUUGAGUGUUAUGGGCAUCCGGGCAGGCGAGGUCGUUGCUGACCUUAUGCAGGAAGAUGCAUAA